UGAUUGCACUCUAGUCCACGUAAAAACAUGGCAUCACCAUCUCCACCAAAACCAAUCGAAGAGCCACGCCCACCAGAAUCAAACCCCUCUAGUGAAAAAAAAAAAGGCCUUGAUCAUUAACCAAAAAACCUUAUCCAAACUCCAAUGACUACAAUCACCCUCUCCCUCCCUUGCACAAACCCCUACUUCCUCUCUUCUUCUCCAAAACGAUUCAGAUUCAACACCCAAUCAGCACAACUUUCCCCUUCCUCCUCCUCACCUCUCCAAUCCCCACCACUCCCCAAAACCACCGGAGUCAUCGUCAUCGGCGCGGGCCUCGCCGGACUCGCCGCCGCCACCCACCUGAACUCCCAGAACAUCCCCUUCCUCCUCCUGGAAGCCUCCGACGCCGUCGGAGGCCGCGUCCGCACCGACAUUGUCGACGGCUUCCUCCUCGACCGCGGCUUCCAAAUCUUCAUCACCGCCUACCCGGAAGCCCAAAAGCUCCUCAAUUAUCAAUCUCUCAACCUCCAGAAGUUCUACUCCGGCGCCCGAAUCUUCUACGAUGGCCAAUUCCACACCGUCGCCGACCCUCUCCGCCACUUCUGGGACUCCGCGAGGUCCCUCACCAACCCAAUCGGAUCCCCCCUCGACAAGCUCCUAAUCGGAUCCACCAGAAUCCGCGCCCUCGUCAAAUCCGACGAAGAAAUCCUCACCGCAGAGGAAGUCCCCACAAUCGAACUACUAAAAAAACUAGGGUUUUCCGAUUCCAUCAUCCGAAGAUUCUUCCGUCCGUUCUUCGGCGGAAUCUUCUUCGACCCUGACCUGGAAACGACGUCGCGCUUGUUCAAUUUCAUCUUCAAAUGCCUCGCCCUCGGAGACAACACUCUUCCAGCGAGGGGCAUAUCGGCGAUCCCGGAACAGCUGGCGGCGAGGUUGCCGUCCGGUUCGAUCCUGCUCAACUCCAAGGCCGUUUCGGUCGACCUCGAUAAUUCCGAUUCGCCGCUCGUGAGACUCCAAAACGGCGACGUUUUGAAGAGCGAGCUAGGAGUCAUAGUAGCGGUUGAAGAACCAGCAGCAGUUCAUUUAUUAUCUGGAAGAACCGGUCCGGUUCCUAAAAAGCCGGUUCGAAGCACGGUCUGUUUGUACUUCACCGCGAAUCGGGACCAGAUCCCGGUACCUGACCCGGUUCUGUUUCUGAACGGGUCGGGUAAGGGGAUUGUGAACAACAUGUUUUUCGUCACGAACGUGGCUCCGUCGUUUGGCCCACCCGAUAAAGGCCUUGUAUCAGUGUCACUAAUAGGGCUCUUUGAGGGCGUGUCAGAUGAAGAGCUUGUGGGUAAAGUGGUUAAUGAGCUUUCGGGUUGGUUUGGGGAGAAAAUGGUUUCGAAAUGGAACCAUUUGAGGACUUAUCGAAUCGGGUUCGCACAGCCCAAUCAGUGCCCGCCCACGGAUCUGAAGAAAGACCCGAGAGUUGAGUCGGGUUUGUAUGUGUGUGGGGAUCAUUUGACCUCUGCCACGUUUGAUGGUGCUUUGGUCUCUGGGAGGAGGGCAGCAGAAUCCCUAUUGAAGGAUAGAGCCCUCACUGCAGCUUAACAAUUAUCUACUUUUGUCAAACUGGGUGCAUAAUCAAUUUUCAUCUAUAAUAUGUUUUUUUUAGGACUAAUUAGCAUAGCAUGAUUUUUAAUUGCAACAUAUUUUUCUUUCUUUCUUUCUCUUUAGCUAAUUAAUUGUUAUCUGUUGUAUCGGGAUCCAACUUAUUCCGUAUGAUCAAAUUGUAGAAAUAAAUAUCAUGCGGAUCCAGGAUCCCGUCGCCAGUAAUUGAUGUAUAUCCAUGUACUACGGUUUUCAUGUAUGCUUCACGAAUUAAUUUACUUGCAA